AUGGUUCAGGAUCAAACUUUGACCCUAGAGAAAGACCAAAAGGCAGCUCCAGCUGCUCCUGUGAAUGAAUCAACGCGGCAGUCUGGUGAAGUGAAUUCAUCAAAGGAUGAUGUGAAUGCCUCCAACAAUCAAAAGGACUCCGCGGGCGGUGAUAUCCCUGCUUCAAUUUCUGGCGAAACUACUCCGACUUUAAAUGAUCAAAGCCCUUUUGACUCGUCCGUCAAUAUUUGGGCUGUUCGUCGUGAACAAUUGUCGCAAAAGGCUGGUGGCUCUCAAACUGAGCAAAAGCAAUCACAGCAAGCCCGACUUCAAGACCCCAAUAUUUGGCCUAGUCCUGAAUUAGUUGAACAAAAGUUUUCUGAAGAGAGGAAGCAGGAUCCGGAAGAGAAAAAGCCUUUGGCUCCAAAAGCAAAUGGCAAAGAAAAAUGGGUAGUGAUUACUCCCGAAAUAAGCCAUCCCCCCAUUCAUUCUUCUUCCAAGAAACCCAGCCGCUCUAGAAAUGACGGAAAUCGUCGUUCUGGUAGUGCACGCCGUAAAAGCAACAUUCAAAUUUACUCUCAAAGUCAAAAUCAAAACCAAACCCGUCGUCAGGAGAAUGUUCUUCAAUCUUUGGACGAUGUAAAUGCUCCCGAUGCAGUCCAAAAAACAGCUGAACAAGUUAAUAUUGCAAACAGCCAUUCUCGCAACCCUCGUCGAUUAGAUGACACUCUUCGAGAAAGAGGCAAUAAUGAAACUUCUCAUAAUAAUAGCGGAUUCCGUGGCAGAAACUAUCGCAAAGGAUAUCGCAGCAAGAAUCCCAAUUAUCACCCUAACCGUACGUAUCACCAAAAUAAAGUGCCAAAUGUGCCGGUUGUCACAAAUCCUACUGGCAAUGUUCAGUACGUUUACGAUGUAAAGGGAUUCCUUACUUCUCAAAUUGAAUAUUAUAUGUCCAUAGAAAACCUUUGCAAGGACAUGUUUUUACGUAAACACAUGGAUGACGAAGGUUACGUUCCAAUCGCUUUUCUAGCCUCCUUCAAUAGAAUUAAAAGUCUGACUAGUGACAUUAAUCUUCUUUUAAGUGCUUGUGAAGCGUCUUCCGUUGUUACGCUUCAUCCUUCUUUUGAAACGCCUAUCAUGGCUAAGGUACGUCGCUCAGAAACUUGGGAGCCUUGGGUCUUACCAAAAGAGCUUCGUCUUUCCUUUGAGCUUUCUGAUUCCACUGCUCCCCAACCCAACUCCAACACCUCGUCUUUAGCAAGUUCGAUAUCUAAUUUGUCUGCCGCUCCUCUUACCGCAGAGCUCAAUGACUUGUCUAGAAACAUGAAGGAUGAUUUGAAGCUUUCAGACGCUAAUGUUUGA